AUGGAAAUGCUCAAGCGGACGCAGCUGCCCGAUCUGCCCACGACGGCGUACAAGAGUGACGGCGCCGAAGGUGCCGUUCGCUUGGCGACCAGCCUGCAGUGCCCCGCGGACCUGGUGACCGAGGCCUCGCUGCGGUGCCUGCAGAACGCGUCCGUGGACGCGGUCGCCCGCAGCAAGAUGGCGCCCAGGUUCGCGCCAGUGUUCAACAGGGCGCCGCUGACGAGUCCGCAGAUACGGGAGCGCUGGAUGCUAAGUCUUGUAACGGCCACGGUCCCGCGCGCAACGCAGCUGACGGGGCCGCAGGGCAAGGAGUUUCUGCUGGGACGAGUGGAGCGGGAGGGCGCCUACCCGUGGUUCCUGGAGCAGCAGCGCUCCGGCACCGGCGACCCCCAACAGCUGGCCGCGAGGCUGGUCGGCUACGAGAUGCUGGAGCGCUGGCAGAACGCCACGGGCGUCGCGCUGGACGUGGCCACCAGCGACGCAACGUACCAGGAGGCCGUGGGGGACGUUCUCGAGGCGUGCCCCAUGUCCGAACUAGCCGAGCAGCUUCGCGCGUGGAAGAACCGCGUGUACGCCUACGUGCUGGGUUACCGGCCCACGUACUCCAGCUGGACGGAGGAGACCGAGGCCGUCCACUUCGAAGACAUGGAGCUGGUGUUCGGCUUGCCGCUCACGCCCGACACGCCCUCUGGCGAGCUCGACAAGCAGUGGUCCAGGACCAUGAUACGUGUGUGGUCCACCUUUGCGCGCACGGGGAGAAUGCCCGUUCUGAUGACGACCAAGUGGCCGGAAUUCGACAUGCUCCGACUCGCCACCAUAAAGCUGGGGCCCAAGGAAGUCACCGGGCAGCGAGACCCCAAGUGGCAGCGCUGCCGGGCAUUGCGAGACUCGAGCGCCACGGCUUCGUUGAGUUGAGGGAGGCCACCCGGCCUGCCCGUGGCCUCCGAGAUCUUCAACGGGCGUGACCGAUCUCGGGGGUCAUAUUUAACUCUUUUUGACGAGUGCAAACCACGCGAUGCGGCGUCGACCACCUCACGGCUGCUCGCUUUCAAUCGACGCCAAAUGUGCAGUUAGUCGCGUUAGCGAGUCGAAGUGCUCGUGUGCGCGGAGAUAUUAAACGUCAGUUUCAUAUCGACGUCGUGCUCUUGUACGAUAAUCGGAGAGUUGUAGUAGCGGCACAGCGAAAUUGAAUACCACUGAAACCGUGCUUACGAUCCCCGGCUUCGAGUCGCUAACCCACCCUGUCCUCUACGCCUGCGCCAGCUAGGUGCCUGGUUCGCGGCGCCGGAUAUAUUGUAUGAUGGUAGAGCGACCACUGGGAAAAUCGGUGUUACCAUGUUCGAAUUCGUGUGAGAACCCAAUAUGGGAAGCCCCGGAUAUGUUCUUCGUAUGGGUUCCACGGACCCAUACAGAGGCGCGUAUAGAUGGGAAAGACUGGAAGGAGGAUUCCACACGACUUCUGCAUCAGCCGGGCGAGCAGAGGUUGUUAUAAGGCUGCAGGAUGGUGUGAAGCAUUCCUGGUAAACAAAGGAGUGCCGAAGUGACAUUUCUGGCUUGUC